AUGCAGAAGGUCCGCGUGAAGGUGGCUGGCGGCAGCCCGGCCCUGCUGCCCGUGUCGGUGGCGGCGGGGCGCCUGCAUGGCGCCGACCUCUAUCGCACCGCCUCCAGCGGCACGCCCAGCAAGUGGCGCAGGAGCAGCGUGGGGCCGCUGCGCCGCUCUGUGCAGCUGCUGGGCGCUGCCCUGCUGCUCCUGGUGUUGUAUCAGGCGCUAGGCGGCGGCGGCCCCGUCUUGCAGCAGCCGGGGCGCCGCCAGCUGCAACCAGUGGAGCAGCAGCAGCAGGCGGCGCACGACCAGCGGCAGGCCGAGCACGACCAGCGGCAGGAGCUGCUGCACCAGCACCAGCAGGGGGACUCGCAGCUGGAGCAGCCAGGGCAGCAGCAGGAGCAGCGGGAGCAGCCGGGGCAGCAGCAGGCAGCGCGGCAGGCCGGCACGGGGCAGGCAACAGCAGUGGAGCAGCAGCAACCGCAGCAGCAGGCAACAAGUCUUGAGCAGCAGCAGCAGCAGCAGGUUGCUGAGCAGCAAGCCACACAGCAGCAGGCAACACUCGAGCAGCAGCAGCAGCAGCAAGCCACGCAGCAGCAAGCCGCGCAGCAGGAGCAACACGCUCUUGCCGAGCAGGCAGGGAGCCUGCAGGGCCUGGGCGCCCACCAGCCGCAGGCGGUGCGGGAGCAGCAGGCGGCGGUGCGACAAGGCCUGGAGCGGCAGCAGCAGCGGCAGCGCGCGGCGGCGGAGCGGUAUGCCGGGCCGCUGCAGGCCCCGCCGCCCAAGGUCGCGCUCCUCUUCCUUGUCAGGGGCAACAUGCCGCUCGAGGCGGUGUGGCGAGAGUUCUUUGCCACAGCGGGCCAGAUCGAGCCGGUGGCGCUCCCGCCGCCUUUCGGUGUGGAGGCGGCGGCCGCGCAGCAGCAGCAGCAGCAGCGGCAGCAGCGACGGCGGCGGCGGCGGCGGCUGGCUGCCGAGGCGGCUGGCGCCGGCGAGGCGCUCGCCUCCCUGCCCCAGGACGGCGCGGGCGUGCUGGCGGUCGGCGGCAAGGGCCGGCAGCUGCCUGACGACGUUAGGCAGGAUCGCUGGGAGGGGGAGCAGCGGGCGCAAGCGGCGGACCAGCAGCAGCAGCAGGCACAGGGGGAGGGUGAGCAGCAGGCGUGGCCGCCGCUCACCGAGUUCCAGAAGCAGCAGGUGGAAGCCAACCAGCAGCUGGCCAAGGCGCUCGGGGAGGGAGAGGUGGCGCAGCAGGCGCUGGAGGAGGCGAGGGCGGCGCAGACCAUGGCGGCGCCGCGCAGCAUGCUCAGCCCGGUGGACCCCUCUGGCGCCAUUGCCACCCAGGACCUCUUCAGCGUCUACGUCCACACCCUGCCCGGCUUUUACUACCCCAACACCUCCAUCUUCUCCGGCUACCAAAUCGACCGGCGGGUGUAUGUGCGGUGGGGGCAGUACACCGUGGCGGAGGCGGAGCGGCGCCUUAUCUGGGCCGCGCUGCAGGAGCCGCGCAACCAGCGCUUUGUGCUGACGUGCACCCCGCUCUACCCGCCCCACGUCUUCUACCUGCAACUGCUCAGCGAGACGAGGAGCCGCGUGAACGCGUGCGCCCCCGAGGACGGCAGCGUGGCGCACCGGUGGAACUCCGCGCUCUACAUGCCAGGGGUGCUUGGGCCGCCACGCUGGCGCAAGAGCUCGCAGUGGAAGGCGCUGGUGCGGCACCACGCCCAGCUGGUGGUGGCCGACCGCCACCUGGCGCCGCGCUUCGAGCGGGAGUGCUACUCAUACCUGCCGCCCAAGAUACCGCAGCCGCCGUACGUGGCGGCGCAGAACCGCACCUGGGUGGAGCGCACCUGCGUGUCGGACGAACACUACAUCCCAACGCUGCUGGCAACCACGUGCGCCGACGCGCUGACCGCGGCAGACUGGGUGCAAGACCUGUGGUCGCCGCUGGUGCACUCGGCGGCCGAGGUGGAUGCAGAGCUGGUCACGAGGCUGCGCAAGGAGCGGUGGUCGACGGUAGACUGCAAGGCAGCCGAGGCGGCCGCCUCGGCCGCCACCAUGUUCCGCCGCCGCGGCGCGGCUGCCACCCUGGCGGGCAGGCCGAUCGCGGGGCUGGGCGGCGGCGGCGGCGGCGGGCAGGAGCCGCAGGUGCAGGGGCAGCAGCAGGCGGCAGCGCAGCAGCAUCGGCUGCUGCAGCAGGCGCAGGAGCAGCGGUAUGUGCCGCUCGCCGACAAGUGCUACCUGCUCGCCCGCAAGUUCACUCCUGACUCUGUGCUGGCGCUGCUGGCCCUGGCGCGCGACUGCCGUGCCGGCACCGGCAUCAGCGCAGAGUGCCUGCCGGGCCGGCAGCAAGCACGCUAG